AUGUGCAUUGAGGACUAUACCCAGCUGAACAUUCCAUUGGAACCAAACGAUGUUCUCUUUAUUGAGUUUUUAAAAGGACCAUUUUUUCCCCUCAAUCAUAUUCAGGCCGAACUUGAUGAGUUUGACGAGACAGUACCUCUUGUGCAGGAGCAAACCGGAGCGCUAACUGUAGUCACUACCUCUGCACCCACCACCGAGACAGCUGACUCGGAAGAGCCUUCUGUGCUGGGCGGUAGUUCCUCUGAUCCAUUGGCCCGCUUUGCUGCCGCCAGGCUCCGACAACAGGUCCUUGGACAAAGUCUAGACUCGAGUAAGCAAUUCAGUUGA